UUCACCAAGCAAAUCGCACGCUCGAUCUCUUUCAAAGUGUUUUCGUAAAUAUUGAACUUAUCCAUUAUGAACAAAGAAAAACUUAUAGAAGAAGUGCGAAGAUACCCCUAUCUGUAUGAUGCCAGUGACGCAAAAUACGCAGACUCUGUCAAAAGGGAUCAAACAUGGAAAUCCAUUGCUAGAACGUUGUCUUCAACAGAAUCGGAGUGCAAGAAAACCUGGGCAAACUUAAGAGAAAGCUAUAGAAGGGCAGUUGUUAAGAAACGCACAAAAAGUGGUCAGGCUGCUACCACAUCAAAAAAAUGGCAAUUUGAAGAAGAGAUGUCUUUUUUGUUGCCGCAUAUGAAACAAAGAAAAACAAUUUCAUCAUUAACGGAAGAUGACAGUGAAGUUGACGAAAAUGUUGAUGUUAACGAAUUGUUGUCAAAUCACGAUGAUUCUUCUAUGUCACUGAAUGAAGAACUUAAUAUCACCAACCGACCAGAAUCUUCUGCAACAAAUACGUCAGCAAACUCUCCUUUGUUUCCGAAUAUACCUAAAAGAAAGCGAUUGAAAGGGACCCAAGAAUGUACCUCAGCAUCAGCUCAACUUUUACAAUAUUUACUUAAAGAAAAAGAGGCAAAAAAGGAUGACGAGAUUGACCAGUUUUUUUCGAGCAUUGCAACAACAGUAAAAAAAUUAAAUCGUUACAGCCAAUCUGUUCUGAAGUCUAGAAUAUUCAACAUGGUGUCUGAAUUUGAAUUACAAGAAAUCCAGGAACAAACAAAUUUCUAUGCUGGUGCUUCACGAUACAAUACUGAUAUUGAAAGUCCUUCGAUUUAUAACACCCACAAUAUAGGACCUUCGGGUUAUAACACCGACAAUACAGGACCUUCGGGUUAUAACACCCACAAUAUAAGAUCUUCGAAUUAUAACCUCCAUAAUGCAGGCCCUUCGGGCUAUAAUACCCGCACUGCAGGAUCUUCAGAUUAUAAUAUCCAUAAUGCAGGCCCUUCCGACUCUAAUACCCCCAUGAAUGCAGAGCUUUCAGGCAAUAAUCCUCCAGUUUUAGAAGAAUCGAUAUUGAACAGUGAAUUGCCUAAUGCUAAACAGAAUAAUGAUUCCUAAGAUUAAUAUGUGCUAGAAUACUGUUUCUGUAUUAAUUUUGAGUUAACAUUGGAAGCGAUAAAUGGAAAUAAGAGACUGAUUGUUACUAAUUUUUUAAAAUAAAUAUGUACUGAUUUACAAGAAAAAAAUAUCUUUCACUUACCUUAACGUGACGGCAAUUUUUUC